GUCGACCGGGGCGCACCAGUGAGCUGCAGCGAGCCACAGACUAAGUCUAGCUCUUGGAGUCUUCGCGAACAAUUCGGUCUGCAGGGUCGAGAAAGAUUGAACCAUAGAACUGUCCGGCCCCUGCUUGUUCUCUCGAUAGCCAGCCACGCGGAGAGGCUUGUCAAUUCUCAAACCGCGCCAUUGUAGCCCUCGAACUGUCAGAUAUCAGCCCACCGGCUUUGUUGAAGACACUUGGAGCCAGUUUCGUAGCGGGCGGGCGCUGGAAUACCUUCAAAGUCCGCGUCACACAGGAUUCCCGUUCGGACUUUGUUUGAAGUUUUUCGGUGUCGUUAGUGAGUUCGUUGGGAAGCCCAUAUCGUUGUGGCAUAUCCCAUAUCAAUCUUGUCGUGGGAGUACAUCCAGAUCUUUGCUCAUCACCCAUGUCCUUGGCACCAUCACUUCUGAAUCAGAUUUACGGCAUCGAAAUUGGUUUGGGAAAGAACAAUGCCAUAGACCGUUGAGAGAUCGUCCCAAGAAGUUUUACCCGGGAUCGUCGGCGCGAUUACAUCUUUGUCGACCAGGGCAUAGCGAAGGCAGUCAUACAUCACGAUGGUAUCCGGUAACGAGAGCUUCGGCGCCAGUCUGGAGCGUCAGAGUUGGAUACACUACUCAAUAGGGAUGGCCUUUAUCUUCCUCAGAAUGUAUGGGAGAGCAAAGAGGUUAGGUGGUGUCUCCAACUUUGAAGCCGACGACUUUCUCCAGAUUCUCGCAGCAGUGCUCUUCACCGUCCUUGUAGCCCUCCUCAACAUUAUCACCGACGGAGGCGGCUCGAACCUCUACCCUCCAGAACUAGAAGGAACCUUCACCCAAGCCGAGAUCGAAGACCGCAUCCACGGCUCCAAGAUUGUCCUCGUCUCGGAGCAGGCGAUGUUGAACCUCAUCUACGUCCUCAAAGCCUGCGUGCUGAUCCUCUACACCCGCCUCACCCUCAACCUUGCCGCCCAGCGACUCGUACGCUGGCUAGCAAUGUACGUCGCUCUCGGAUGGACCGCGACGCAGAUAACAAUGUUCGCCGCCUGCCGUCCCUUCAGCGGCUACUGGGCCAUGCCGCCACCCGACCCGCAGUGCACGACGUAUGAGAACUACGCCAUCCUCCAGGGCUGGUUCAACAUCUCUUCCGACAUACUGAUGCUCAUGAUUCCCAUUCCGCUCGUCUUUCGCAUGAAGGUGCCCUGGAAGCAAAAGGUCGUUCUCCUAUUUGUCUUCAGUCUCGGCAUCUGCGUCAUAGUCGCGGCGCUGCUCACCAAGAUCUUCAACCUCUCCGACCCGUACAGUCCUACGUACAUGCUGUGGUACAUCCGCGAGGCGAGCGUCGCCGGCUACGUGUCGAACCUGCCGCUUGUCUGGCCGCUGCUGAGGGAGUGGUUCCCCUGGCUGCGGAAUCUCAAGACUGCGGGCGUGCUUCCGACACCGUCUAAUCAGGCAACGGGGCACCGGACGAAGCAGGAUGCGAACAUGUCGUCGGGUGUCACCGUUCACAGCACACACCGGGGGCCUGCGCCUGCGGGGGUGCCAAACUCGAGGAGACAUACCUUUGAGGAGUUCGGGACCUGGCUCAGCGCCAGCGACCUCGAGCUGCAGAAGCCGGCGCGUGUUUUGAGGUCGACGGCAAGUCGGCGGCAUAUCUUGGAAGAGCACGAUGAUGAAGAGCCUGAGACCUCAGCUGUCGGAGAAGAGAAGAGCGGGAAGAGAGUGUCGAUUGUGGCAGAGUACAGUGUUGGUGACGGGGAGAGCAGUAUGGGGUCAAGCCCAGCGCCCCAGCUGUCGCCUUUGGAGACCGACCACGGCCUGAUUGAUUGGGAAUACCAGCGUCGGAGUCGGUUUAUGCGUAGGUCAGGAGCGACAGGCUCUACCGUUGGACAUGGUCUGCUCGACUGGGAGGACCGAGACCGGAAUCAGGUCGCAGCGAGUCGACCAAGUGAUAACUCACCGUAGAUGGUUUCCCUGCGGGAUAGGCGACACUCGGGAUUGGUUUACUGGCGUCUAUGUUGGGUUCAUUGUUUGGGAAUACCCUGGGACUGCUUUCACGGCGUUACAUUGUAGAUAUCGACAUGCUAGGAG